CCUAACUUUAUAGCUACUUUUAAAGAACUUUUUACUUUUAAAGCUUAUAGAGAAUUUAUAUUAAUAAAGGUUAGCUAUAGCCUUAACGCCCGUAAUUUAAAAACGAUUAUAAUAAUAAAAGCCGACGGGUUUUUUAUUUUAAAUACGCUAAAUAUAAGCGUAGCUAAAGCUAUAUUAUUAUUCUUAUUACUAAUUAAUAUAGCCCGUAUUAUUAUUAUUUUUACUUAG